AUUCAAACGUUUCAUUACCAAGAUUUAUUCAUUUUUACCUUAUUUCGGUAAAAUCAUAAAAUGCCGGCUGAAAUGUACAAAGUUGAACCAUUUUAUGAAAGUUCUUGUAAAGUAGAUCUCCCAGAUGUCAUGUACAAAGUGAAAAGUUUUUAUGAGUCCUCACCAUCUGUCACGACAAUGGAUACAUCAAACCUAGAUCCAGUCAGUGCGUUAGAGUUAAGGCAAGAUAGGAUACUCUCCAAACUUGCUGAACUUCGUCAAACUCUAGACAAGUUAACAAGUCAAUACCAGGUUACACAGCCUUCAUCUUCCACUAAUACACAAGCAGCUGCAGUACCUUCAGUUAAAACAUCUUCAAGUGCCAAGAUCAAGAGUCCUUUAGGCUCAGGAAUACAUGACAUAGUUAUCAAUGCAGAUCCAUCAAGUCCCCCACUUAGUUUGUUUGUACUGUUUGAAAUGUUGAAACAAAAGUACAAGGUCCUAGCUACUUCCUAUAUACACUCAACUGUGAAAGCAGACAAGAAACUAUGUGAUAUCAUCAAGAAUGGUUGCCAGGUUACGAGAGGAGAUCAUGACCUAGCUCUUUCUGUUGUAUGGAAAAAUGUUGAGAGAAGACCAGAGCUGAUAGUAUCUCCAGCUAAACAAUCUGUUAUAAUAGGGGAGGUAAAUAUUGCAAGAUACAUCAACAGACUUCUCUCCCCUACAUUUGAUACUGCAGAUAUUGUCAUGGCAACUUACAGCGAUGAAUGGCUUGAUGUAGCAGAUAUCUCCAUGAUAAAUGGCAAUUCCAAACAGAGGACAUCUGCUGUCAAAAAUUUGAAUAACCGAUUUAAAAAGAAUGAUUGGAUUGUUGGAGAUCAAUUUACUUGGGUGGAUGCAGUCAUGUGGUCGGCAGUUUCUCAGUCACAGCUCGCUAGUGUUCCAGAACAUGUACAGAAAUGGUUGGAAAGAUGUAGUGCUUUACCAAUAUUUAAGAAAAUCCCAUCGCUUUAAUGAAUGAUGCUCUAGUUAAUAUAAAAUUGUCAUAAAGACUGAGCAUCUUAUUUAUUAAUUUAAGAUAUAAAUGUAUAAACUGUGGUGUUUUGGCUUGGAUUGUGGCUUCAUAAACUUUAACAGCAACAACUUUGUGUUAAUAUUUGAAUAAAUACAGCGAACAGU